AUGGAGCAUGAACCGAUGGACAUCAGUGAUCCGGAAGCCAACGAACUUGACGAACUCGACGAACUAGUUGACGUUGGCCCUCGUUUCGACCCUGAAAGUAUACUCAAGGCAGGCAAAGCUAUGGCUCAGCAGCUCGAGGUCAUGACGGAGAGGUGGAAUCUGUCGCCUGAACGUGCAACCAUUUGGAAGGCGGCUCUGCACAGCAUUUCUGAAUUUACCCUCCCAACGACGUCUAUCGCAGUGUAUGGGCGUACCGGAGAUGGAAAAAGCACGCUUCUCAACGCACUAGUUGGCUUGGACAUCUUCCCGUCGUCAGCCACCGGUAAAGCCGCUACCGGUGCACCGAUCGUUAUAUCGUACCACGACUCGCCUAUGAUCUACUGUGACAUUCAGUUUCUUGCCGAAAGCGCAUGGAAGGAUCAACUCUCGCAGUACCGUACCGAUAUCCUAGAUGGCGUCCCCAUCAAUGACGACGUCAGGAAACUGACUUGGAACAAGAUCAAGGAAAUAUAUCCUGGACUGUCCGAUAAGGAUAUCCUCAAGAUGACCCCCGACGAAAACAUCUCGUACGAUCCUUCUGUUGGUCUUGACAAGGUCGUGUUUGUCUGCACAAAAGCGGACAUGUGUAGCAACGAUACCGAUUUGCCUGAUCACUCCAAGGAAUCGCAAUUAUGGCUUGAGCUGUCCACCGAUCGGGAGAGAAUGGUCUCUCAGCGUGCCCAGAAGCAGGCGGAACUGAAUCGUCUCAGCAAUGUGGGCAAGGAACGCAAAAAAUCGGAGGGACUCUCAGAGGCCUUCGAGCAGCUUCAAUCAACUGUCAAGGAAUUGCAGCGCAUCGAGUCAUUGUUGGCAGACAAUGACAAGCAGAUGAGACGGUUUUGCACUGCAGAACGGUCUAAGGACAUAGUAAUGUCACUGAACGAAAGGAUCGCCGAAAUUCUUGACAGGAAUGAGGCUAGCAUUUGCAUGCCUCGUGUCUAUUGUUGUGCAGCACGUCACUCUAUCUUGUCUUCCGGGACUCAUGCACCCAACGUAUACAAGGAGAUGGAUGAAACGGGCAUUCCUGCCAUACGCCAGUGGUGCCAAAACCUGGGCUUAGCGGCAUGUAUCAAGGCCGUCAUUGAGUUUAUUGAGCAACUUGAUAUUCUUGUGGUUGAUGUCCAGCGGUAUCUCGAUAAUUCGCUUGUAGGGGAUGCCUCAUAUCGCGCAGCCCUCCAAGAGGAAUGGCAAAGCACGUCACAUGUGGAAAUCAUGAACCAUAUGAAAGCACUUGCAGAGGCCGAGGUGGAAACUCUCAAGAAACGUUUCAGGCGUUAUCUAAACGAAUCCUGUACCAUAGGCAUCGAGAAAGCAAGUGACGCUGCGCUCCGCACUGCUGAGGAUUUGUGCGACUCAGGAUUACACCACAACACCGUAAGAGCAACUUUCCGUCAUAACGGUGUCUUCCGGGAGAACUGGAACUACAAGCUGCUUAUCCCGUUCCAAGAUGCGAUCAUGCCUCAAUGGAACUCUCUUUUCGCCCGACGAAUGUUCGAUGCACUCGAGGCCAACGUCGCGAAAGGCAUCAAGAAGAUUAUCAAGCAAAUGGCGCCUAAGACGAGCCUCACCGCCGGACCUCUGAAGCGCCAGUUCUCAAAGCAAAGAAAGAAGUGCGAGAAGAACGUUCGCAAGUCUAUGAACAUAGCAUUGCGCCAGUGGGAAAGCGCCUUCCAGAAGGAUCGCAAGGAUCUCCAUAGUUCAAUGCACGAAUGGAUUCAAACACGCCUGGAAGAUGUGUAUCAGGAGGCGGCAAGUAAGAAGGGGCCUGGUAGCUCGAAAAUCUCGAAGAUUCUAUUUCGUGAUUUCAUAGGAGAAAGCAAGCGUGACAUUUUCAUCGAUCUUGGCAAACACGUCUUCAAUAGCCUCGAUCGUACUGCAGACAAGGUACAAGCAAUCAUGACAAGGCGUCUGUGCGCCGUUGCAGAUCAGUGCACGUUGGAUAUGGCAUUACUGUGGGAUAGACCGACGGAAAAUAUCGACUACACCCAGGACAGGGUGGAUUUGGCCGCGAUGCGAGAGGAACUGAAAAAAUACCAUUCAUUGGCAGAAGAGAGGAGAUAUGAUAUGCUGAUGAACGGGGUGGAAAUGGAAGGGGAAGGAGUAAUAGCGAAAACGGAGCAGGGAGUGGCGGUGAAAAUGGAGAAGGGAUUGAUGUCGAAAACGGAGGAAGUGAUAAUUGGAACGCCGGAGGAACGAGGAUUCAUGAAGCAGGAGCAUCCGUGA